CAUGGCCCACGGCAGCCCCGUGGAAUAUUGAAGCUCGUGUGCAUCUGCUGUCCACGUCUGACUGGAGUAUUAGGAUUUAAUCACUGACAUGGGCAGAAGAAGGAAUAAAAUGUUCUGUUGCAGUCCUGUUCCUGAACUAUACAAGUCCAUUAUCGAAGAUGUGAUUGAAGGUGUGCGGGAACUCUUUGCAGAGGAAGGUAUAGAGGACCAGGUUCUGAAAGACUUGAAGCAGCUUUGGGAAACGAAAGUGACACAGUCUAAAGCAACAGAAGGCUUCUUCAGACAUAGCCACUGUUCUCCACGGUUCAGUCUGCAGCUGCCACGCAGUUCCCACAGCAUUUUGCAGACUUCAGCAGCUUCUUUUGUCAUCCAAGCUGGCAGAGGUUUUCAGCAUUUCACAGCAGCAAAGCUGGGGCCCCCACGAGUGGGUGUUACUCUUGCCGUCCCUUCUUGUGUUGCUUAUCCUUUACAGAUGCCAGGUGGAGUGAUGCUGCAGCCAGCACCAGGACAACUUUACAAGGUGAAUGUGCCUGUUGUGGUCACACAGGCCUCAGGAGAUGGAAGCAUUCUCCAUUACCCUGUGCAGCAGAUGUUUCAUCCCCUUGGGCAAGCUUCAGUCCUGCAGGCCAGCCUUGCCAGUGUCACGCAGGUGAAUGCAUCUGCUGCCCAUGCAGCUGGUGAAGCACUGCAGCCCCAGGAGACUGCUGUCCAACAGGCUGUGCUGUUUAAACCAAGCUGUGUGGAAAAACAACACCUGGAGAACUCUGCUACCUUGGUCCAGAAGCCUUCUGUGAGUCAGCACGAAUUUGAAAUUAAUGCAGCGUUGAAUCAGUGCAGUGAAUCCACAGAAAAAUUCCAGCAUGACAACCUUCACACAGCUGUGUUUACUCCAGAAUGCUCUGAAGGACUUUUUAUUGAGGAAUCCUUGGCAAGCAGCUCAAGCAGUGUCCUGCUGGAUGUGGAGGGGCAGCUGGACAUGGAGCAUCCAGAGCUGCUGCAGCCGCAGGUGUCUGAUGAUAUCAUUGACCUGAUUAUUGCAGGGGAAAGUUUGGAUGAAAAUGCAUUUCUAAAGGGUCAGGGCAGCGUUGCUUCCUCUAACAAGACGGGAUCUGAUUUACCACUGGAGAAGGACCUCUGCAGUGACAUUGAAGGCAUAAGCCAGCUCGAUGGCACUGGGGAUGUUUCUUCCAAGGAGCAAAUACCACAUACAAAAGAUAAAGAAGAGAAUGAAUUCCUUGGCUUUAUUGAUUCAGAGGAUCUAAGAGUUCUGGAUGAUGAGGAGGACUAUGAUGAAGAAUGUGACAGUUCUUCAAACAUGGAGUCCAGCUGCAGUGAUGGGGACAAUGAAGACCUCCAGAUAGAUAUAGUUGAGGAGGACCCUUUAAACUCUGGUGAUGAUGUCAGUGAACAGGACCUUGCGGACUUGUUUGACACCGAAAACGUGAUAGUUUGUCAGUACGAAAAGAUACAUCGAACUAAGAACAAAUGGAAGUUCUACUUGAAAGAUGGAGUGAUGUCCAUUGAUGGUAAAGACCAUGUUUUUGCAAAAGCCACUGGAGAUGCAGAGUGGUGAAACCUCACUCCAGUAUGUCUUUGAAGACUGUAGCAUUAUUUCCU